UUUGAUAAGUGGUGUGCUGCUUCCAAAGUCAACAAUUAUGAUGCUUUACGUGAGCUAAUAUUGUUGGAAGACUUUAAGAAGUGUAUUCCAGAUCGUGUGGUGUUAUAUUUAAAUGAACAGAAAGUGAACACUCUAGCCUCUGCAGCUGUUCUUGCAGAUGAGUAUGUGCUUACUCAUAAAUCAGCUUUCGUUCUUAAUGAAAAGUCACGUGUUAAUGCUGUGCCACAUACCCAGAUGGCUAAAGCCACAGUUCCAAAAGAAAGCAGGGAAUGUUUCUAUUGUCACAAACCUGGACAUGUCAUCGCUGAUUGUUUAGCUUUAAAACGCAAAACGCAGCAAAAUUCCCAACAGACUAAAGGUGUUGGUUUUGUUAAAAAGGAACCCCGCAAUAAGAGCACUGGUUGUGGUGACAAAUUACCUGAUCCCUGUUUUGAACCUUUCAUUUUUGAUGGCUUAAUCUCACUGACAGCUGAUGCCUCUGAUUUGAAGCCAGUACGCAUCCUGAGAGACACUGGGGGCUCCCAGUCAGUCAUUCUCUCAAAUGUUUUACCUUUUUCACAUGAGAGUGCAUGUGGAUACAACUCUGUUCUGAGGGGGAUAGAGAUGGGCUACGCUCCAAGACCAGUCCACAGGGUUUAUAUAAAAUCAAAACUUAUCACAGGAUUUUUCCCUGUUGCUGUCUGCCCAGACUUACCCAUAGAUGGUGUGGCUAUACUAAUGGGGAAUGACAUUGCUGGAGGUCUGGUACUUCCCACUUUAGAGGUAUUAGAUAAUCCUUUAAACCAGACAACCCAAGAAACUUCAGACCCUGGGCUGUACCCAGCCUGUGUGGUCACCCGUGCACAGGCACGCAAGGCCCCUGAUAUUGCCAUUUCUGACUCUAUUUUGAUGUCUCCAUUUUCUAGUGAGGAGGAGGCAACAACCAAAAGUGACAGUAUUCCGUUAAUUCCGGAUGUGGUGGUGCUGGAGGAGCCUGGUCCACUUUGGGAGAAAGCAUCCAUCCCUCUCACCAGACAACAUUUGCAAUCUGCUCAACAAGCUGAUGAAACAUUACAAAGAUGUUUCAAGAAUGUGGUUCAGCUCUGACAGAACUCCCUUGGUGGCUGCCUGAGGAC